UCCGACCUCAGCUAAUGACCAGGCAUUCAUCUCAUUUCCAUAGUCGCUUUCGACUGAUUUUUGGAUAGAUCAGCUGAGUUGAGAGGGGAACUGUUGUGUGUCGGCUGUGUAUCAGCUCAUACUCUCUUCAUGAUUCAGUAUACGUCUCAUUUCAUAAAAGCAAAUAGAAAUGUAACAUAGCUUAAAAUAUCUACAAACAAUAAGCAAACAUCUAUCUUCAGUCGGUAUAUUUGAAAUAGAUUUUCAUAUUUGCUGUUCAUCUAAAUAUUUUUUUUUCCGGAAAUUUCCAAUAAUUGCACUGUUCAGUGUUGCUGAUAGAUUCAGACUCUUUGCAUCCACAAAUACUAUCAUCUCUACUUCAAUGGCAUUGUUAUAGAUCUAGAUCUUAUAUCAGCUUCAAUGAUCUAGUCUAGUCAACAUAGUAGGCCGUAAGCAGCCUACUAUGAUGCCAGAAUCAAAUGUAACUAUCGGAUUCGUCUUAAAGUUAAAUACAUGAAAGAGUUUAAUGCUACAAAUUAGACGAUAGUAGUGUUAAAAGUUUGUACCUAUAUAUGUGUCAGUCAACAGAAACAAUGCUUUUCGCCCACACGUUUCAACGUAAUUGUAUUUGUUGUUAUUAAAAACCGGAUUAGGAACUAAAUGAAACUGGACAUGGCCGGGAACGUCUCGUCAAGCUCUAGUAAAUCGAGUAACUUACCACCAGAGAAGAAAUUGAGACUUCAAAAAGCCGAUGGUGUAUCGGUCAGUGGUUCGACCCUGGAAACAGAGGACCCUGUAAACCAUAACAGUAACAAGCGGACGUUUGAUCAAGUGUCCCCGAAGAGACACACAGAAACAAAAGAUAGCUUUGUACAAGUUGCAAUGGAUCCUUAUGUUCGUGUCAGGGAAAUAGAAGGCAUACAUUACUGUUACAAGAAUGCCAUUGGCAAAUUGGACAGUAUAGAACAGUCGUCCAUCAACCCUAAGGAUUCUGGCGUCGUGCAGAGAAAUAUACAAACAGGCGUUGGGAAUGAAAAGUCCCAGAAUUCCGAGACGAUGCGCCUUUCCGAAAUUCGAGGCCAGUUCAACGAUGUUGACAAGGCUGUGGAGGCGUUGCUGAAGCAGGAAGACCAUGCGAUCGAGAAUGAACCUCAAUUGAAGACGUCGAAUUCCAACAAUUCUGAAGCAAGUCCUGGCUCUUCCAAUGAAAGUGUCCUAGUUGGUAUAUUCAUGUUGAGUGAGGUCAAAGGUCUAGUAGAAGAGAACACGUCCUUGAGAGAUGAGCGGCUGUGUAAAGUGUGUAUGGAGAGAGACGCCUCUCUGACCUUUAUCCCUUGUGGUCAUUUAGUCACCUGUUAUAACUGUUUCUUAAGUCUUGACAACUGCCCGAUCUGCAAACAAAAUAUUGGCUCAGCGAUCCGAACAUAUAUGUCCUAAAUGUGAAGGAUUAGACUAGAAGAUACAUCAAGUUUCUAUUAGUGAAAAUAGUUUUAUGCUACAUUCUGUCAGAUCCUGCUAGGCUGCAGUUCAUUGGUGUCCAAAGUUACACGAAGAGUGAGGUGGGAACCUUGUUAUCUAAGAUAUCAGUCAUAGAGCUUAAACUUGCCAGAAAAAAAGUAAAGUUCCUCUUUCAGACCCUGUUAUCUAUAGAGCAGAUGAUAAAAAGGUCAUCUGUUUAUGUGGUCCACUGUUAACUAGGGUGUCAUGUGGCCAGCACAUCGACCAACCACCUUUACUUUACCCAACUAAUAUCAGGUACCCAUUAGAGCUGUGUGGACUCAGAAGCGCCAAAAGAUCCCGAAAUCGAAAUAUCAGUCUUCACCAGGAUUCAAACCCUAGACCUCGGUUCGGAAGCCAACGCUUUUCCGCUCAUCCACCGCUCUUUAUUAACUUGCCAGUACUAGAGAUUUUUUUUCUAGUAAAAUUAAUCACAACUAACUACAGAAUAAAAUGUUCAUACAAUAUUGCAAAUUAAUUCAGCACCUGUCCACAAAGCCAUACUGUAAUUUUAGCUACUAGUCUAUUUUCCCCCAGUUUCAGUUCAGAAUGUAUUAAUGUGUAAUUCAAUUGUUUAUGAAUAACUGUAUCGAUGUAUUUAUCUAUUUUUAAUCGCUCUGCCUUUCGUAGUCACAAGAAAUGUCUUAAAGAAUUAUCAUAAAUUAAUUUACAUGAUGUAAAAGGAUAUUAAAAUUUAUGAAUGUAUUAAUGA